GUUGGUAGGUUACAUUUUUACCAGUGGUUGCUUGCAACGCUAUGCUACUCUGGGUAUAUAAGAUCAUGAGAAAGUUCAAUGCAUAGUGCUCAUAAUCCUGACAAUCCGAGACAUCUUUCUUUGAUCACUCUGGCCGCAGGUAGUUUGUCUUCCUUGGAUGAUGACAAGGAGAUAUGGGAUCUACGAAUGAGAAGUGGGAGGUACAUAAGCCAUCUACGACCUGUGGAUCGCAUGAAAUACAAGAUCAAACUGAAAGAAAUGUCUGGUGAGGAAGAUUGGCUGGCUGGUAUGGCAUCGAGCAUUGGAGUGCGACUGCAGGCUUUGCAUCCAGAAGACGGAGAUAUCGUGUAUUUGGACUGGAAGCACAAAUUUAUCUCAUGCAAUGUUGGAGAAAGGAAGCCGAGGAUUGAGUGGUGAGUUUCCAUUUGCUCCUAGUUUAGGCUCUUGCAAUGCAUUUCCAGUUGUGCUUCCCCUUUGGCCUACGCCAAUUCCCAAAACAAUUCACAAAAAAAAUCAUCAAGAAGAGAAAGAAAAGGGGAAGGCUCCUCAUAUAACUAGGCCGAGGGCUGAGGACAAAGUGAAUUUAUUGUGCUUUAGUUUGCUUUUGAUUUUUUUUUUUCUUUUAAUGAAAUGCUUGCCUUUGA